AAUUGAGCCAGUCUGUGGGAGGAAGUGAGGCUUUAGCAGAAGUGAUUGUGAAGUUUUUACAGGACGAUAGAAUCGAGUGUGGUUGGUUUAUGUGAUGAAGAAAGAUUAGAACGGAUCGAAAUGUGUAUAUACUGUGUGUGUGUGUGUGUGUGUGUACGUGUACGUGUGCGUGUGCGUGUGUGUGGUUGUCUGUCAGCGAUAGUGACCUUUAAAACAUUGAAUCUUUCUGUGAUAAGAUCCACAAAUGAAAAUGUUUUUCUCUAGAUCUUGCAUUUUCAAAGAAACCCCCCCAAAAAGAAGAGUUUACUGGAUCUGACUGGAAAUGUAAUGGCUUCUUUUUCUUGUCUCAUAGAAAUCUGUAUCCGCAAUAUUUUGGCUUCAUUUUCUGAAACAGGAGGAAUCCAUGUUUAUAUCUAUAUAUUGAAACUAGCAUCUCAGCUGUCACUGUGGCAUUCUGAAUGAACAGACCUAAAAUGACAGAAGGCAACUAUGAGAAAGUAGCUUGACGUGUACUUUGACUUUUUAGUUUGGUCCAUGUCCCGACAACCAACUUUGAGGAGGUGGGACUUGUGACCUAUACUGCAUCCAACCACCAGGGGGUGAUCCAGAUAUUUGGCUUCAGUUUUGGGGGGCUGUCAUGUCGUCCAUCUUUAUGUAUACAGUCCAUUAGAGGCUGGGACUUUAGAAACCUUUGCACCAGUUUCAUCGAGAACGUGAAGCAUGAGGAGAGUUUUUUUUUCUUGUUACAACAUUAGCUUACUGGGAAGAGAAAAGGAUGAGGAAGUGGUUUGUGUGUGUGUGUGUGUGUGUGUGUGUGUGUGUGCUUUUUGGUGCGUGUGUAGUUUUUGUGGUUCGAUUUCCUUGCUUGUCUCUAUGAAAUGGAGCGAAAAGAGAGAGAAAGUGAGUAGAGAGCAGGUUGGGGGAAGUCCAAAUGUCAGAAGAAGAUAAAAAGGGAGUCAGGUGGAAUGAAGCCAGCACCGUGAAGCAGCGUCAUCGACAGAAUGAGAAGGAGGAACCAGUGAGCUGCAGGCCGGAGCAAUCCCACACAACAAUCCCCGGAGGUUUUAGAUCUCCCAGAAAAAACACCCCUCAUGAUUGAUGACACAACAAAUGGAGAGAAAUAAGAAAAUAGCUCUGCUGGUUCUUCUCGCUGUGCUUCAAGUCCUCAGCGUCAGGACGGAGGAUUGUCCCGACCAGCCGGAUCAAAAUCUCACCUGCCACACUGACUACAACCAUUCCAUCACUUGUGUGUGGAACAGUGCGUAUGAGCACAGGGAGGCUCUGUGCACACUUCACGCCAAAAGGUUAACUGAUAAUGCAAGUUUUUUCCCCUUUUUUAUUAGUCGUGCAUACAACGCUUCCUGUAACCUGGAGCCCGCUCAUGUGUCCGGACCGGCGCUGAGGAAGUGCACCUUGGACUUUAAAACAAGCUACAAGUUCCAGGCCUUUCACAUCCUGUCCAUAAACCUGGAGUGUGCCCCUGCAAAGCAGAUUUUGACCAUCUGCUUCAAGCCAAGCUGCCACAUCAAGCUGCAUCCUCCAGGUGAACCGGGAAUCAACGGCACCACCGCUUCCUGGAUCUCUGAAGUGGAGAAGCACGAAAGAAUCAAAGUUUACACUGGCCAGCUGCAGUGGAAAAGAUGGGAUCAGUCAUGGAGUGAUCCCUCUGUGCAGACUAAGCAGACAAAAAGCAAAAGCUGUGAGUUGAACUGCACGGCACAGCUGGACGAUGAGACGCUCACACUCGGAGAGAAGCACGAGGCACGUGUUCGAGUGAAGUCUAAUGAAGACUGUGGCGUGUCAACGUGGAGUGAAUGGAGCCCUACUGCAUCAUGGGUGUCCCCUGUGGGAAUCAGAAGACCACCAUCACAACUAAUAUCAAGUUUAACUGGAGGCAUAUUGGCCGUGAUCAUCGGGGGUGCAGCGCUGGCCUCGAUUCUGGCCGUCAUCCUCUUUAGGACUGAAAAAGCCUCUUGCUACCAUGUCAUCCUGUACUUCAGGGUUUACGAGAAGAUGAGAGGUCCAGACCCUGGAAAGUCCUUCCUUAAAGAUGUCAAUUUCCAGAACUGGUUGAGCCCUCACCUGGCAAACGAGUCCUUUCUCUCCUCCAGGAAAGUGGAGGAUAUCUCCUCUGUGGAGGUGGUCUCCUCCGUGGAUGCUGCCACACUCUGCAGCAAAGAGGUGGCCCUGCUGGCGAAGAUGAGAAGUGAGAGCCUCUGCCAGUUGACCAGCUCCAUCUUUCUGAACCCCAGUUACUCCCACCUCUGUCCACCUCCACCUUUCCCCCUGCCCUCUGCCUGUGAUGCACCUCACAGUCUGGGUGACGGCAAAAAUGCAGAACAGGUUAGAGAGGAGGAAAGAAUGAAAGAACUGGAGAUGCUGCUGCUGCUUUCCAAAGGCAACAGCAGCAGUGAGCCACUGCCAGUCGUUUCUGACUAUGAGAAGGUUGAGAAGCUCCAGGUGGAAGGCUUGAGGCUCCAGAGACUAGACUCAGGGAUGUGCAGUGGUGAAGAGGUCAGUCAAGAGAGUCUGGAGGCCGAUAACAUCAAUGCCAAUAAGAGUCAUGACAAAGCACCGGAGGAGAAUAAGGGAGGAAUCGGACCAGUCGAUUUUCAGAAACUGUUUGGAGUCAGUGGAAGCGCUUUUGGCAAAGGGUCAAUUCAGGUUUGUUCCGACUACGAGCAAGUGCAGAGGCUGCAGCCGGAGAGCCCGGAGCUCCCCAGCCAGGAUUCAGGGGUUAGCAGCGGGGGCGAGGAGCGGGCGAGCCACGAUGAGAGCCUGGAAGACGAAGACAAGUCCAGCGAAUCCACACACUUCCUGUUUCCUCCACCUCUCGCCUCAAGUGCUCUGCCACGUUCAGGGAUUUCUUUCCCACAACAGUUCUCUGGUUUGAGUCCAAGUCCAAGUCUCAGACCCUCCGGUGACGGAUACAUGCCAGUGAAACAGGAACCGUGUUGAAAAUAAACUGAAAACUUUUCAUCCAUCAACAUGAAACGUGAAGCACUCGAUGACAGCUGGAGACGUUUAGCUCGUGCAAGUUCUCAAUAGUUCGGCCGAUUGCAGAAAUCAAACGUUUGACUGUCACAGAUGAAGAACGUAGCAGGAAACUUUCCAGUCACACUUUCUACUCUGUGUUCUUCUAACAACUGAUUCGGAUGUUUGUGCUCUUCAGCUAAUUUCAGAUUAGAUUACCCAGAGUUCAGUGCAGGUGUGAAAGCAACACCUCUCACAAAAUAUCAUAGAUUUAUGAAGUGAGCGAUAUCCUUCAAUGUAGGGAUGACGCUCUUUUUGAAAAAUGAAACAAGCUUAUUUCCAGUUUAUUUGAUAUUCUUUGAAUGUGUUUGUAUAAGCUUCUGAAAAAUUUCUAUUUUAUUGUAGUAUAACUUUAUGUGAAUGGGUUUUUAUGAUAUCAUGAGAGUCUGAAUGAUAAUUUAAACAGCCGAUAUCUUUCAUGGAUAUAUAUAUAUCAGUGACUGAUUUACCUCAUAUGCAUUAAAGCUGUGUAUGUUAUUUAAAA